AUGCUGGGUCUCCGGUCAAUGGCAGCCCAGCUGCGGGCGUGUCACUGCCGAGCGUGUCUGCGGGCCACAAAAUACACCACCACAACAAAGCGGGUGACCACGACCACGACAACAACGAAUUACACGGAGGGUAGCAGGCGACCUCGAAAGCUACUUUGCGGCGAUACCUUCACCACUUACCACACUGCCGCCAGUACCGGGGCCGUGGCCUUCGAAGAACCCAGACAGCAGGACUGGUGGCCGAGAUCUGAACCCGACGAAAGGAGCGCCGAAGCGCGCAGAAGCUUGGCUGCUUUGCUCCACGAUUCAGCUAGUCGAGAUCUUGCCAGCGUUGUGGCAUCUCCAUACCCUGACGUACCGUACACCCGCCCCCGGGAGAAGUUGGAUUUCUUCUGGGACUUAUGUAAACUCGAAACAAGCUCGCUGAAGGACGUACCUCGAAAACUCAAGGAUAGGCUCAACACCGCCCGACGCCUUCGCAGCGCGCUGGGGCUUCCUUGGAACCCGGACAUACCUGCGGCUAAGGAUACGACGCUGGCAAGAUGCGAAGAGCUCCUUUUUGCGGAUACCGGGGUUAACUUGGACGCCCGAGAACCAAGGACCGAAAAACACCUCGAGAGAACAAUGGAAAUGAUGAUCGAGUUGACGGACCGGCUCAUGGUGCAGUCGUGGCAUGUCACCGAAGCCAAAGCACCCGGGACACACUUCCCCCUUACCUGCGCGGAAUCGCCGUACAAUUUUCACAAGAUGCUGCGCAACGACGGCUACCCCGCUUAUUCCUAUCCGAUGGAGGAUCUCGAGACGACCUUUCUCCAGCGAGCAGAGCUCAACAAAACCCUUCUGCAGCUUUUUGAGAGGUGGAACCCGCGUCUUCGGGAUCGCUACGUGGGGAAAGUUUGUUACAACUUGCUCGUCUGCAGCGUCCCCCCAGGCAUCGAGAAUUACAGCUUCUUGAUACUGGGCUUCUCGUUCCUUGGCGAACAUGAGUUGUCCCAGGAAGUGGUGGAUUCGCUUCUUUACAAGAGCCAGAUGAAACCAACAGAGGCGACGUACUUAUGUCUGCUCCAUCACUACCGCCUUAAACGCGACAUUGCCGGUUUCCAGAGUAUUGCCCGGCGCAUGUUCGGGUUUGACCCUCGGGGGAUAGGACUGAUCCGAAGAGGCCCUUACUUCGUUGCCAAUUACCCCCAAUUACACUCCUGGGCCAACCCCGAGGAGGCUGCCUUCAUGGACGGGCUCUAUAUUCGGCGUGCUCCUUUUACCCAGGAUGUCGCGGAGGCGAUGAUGGAGGGCCUGGUAGAUUUCGGGAUGAUCCGGGAAGGCGCAAAACUCUUUGCGGUUUGUCUUCGAGAGCAGUGGACGUUCAGCAGAGAGCUAAUUUGGCGGCUCUUCCACUCGUGUAUCACACUGAUGGAUGUCCCAGCGACCAAAUUAAUCAUCCGAGGGUUACUUGACAACAUCGAUCAAGCGUCAUUGUUACUACUUGGUCCUGUGCCUGUGAGCUCCAAGCCCGUCAGACAAAUGCGGAACCUCCUCAACAUCUGGCAGGCGACAACGCUUCCACGGUCUAGUGAUGCUUUCGAUGACGGCUUUGACGACGCGGACUUCAAAACGGAGUCUGAUAAAACGAGGCUCGACCAUCUUGCCACCGCCGUGUGGAUUCGGGAGACGUGGCAUCAUACAAGCAUGAUGAACGUUCGGUUGCGGCACGCCGCGAGAGUGGUUUUGAACAAGGACAAGCCACUACUUGACAGACUUGACACAGCCAUGUCGGUGGUCGUGGAACUAGAGGAGCGGCCGAAACGAGAGACGGAAAAGUCGGAGCGCUUCGGGCGGUUAGCAAGGUUGGACUGGCUCACGGCGCAAACCACAACGGCAGAUUUCCGCAUCCGAAACUUUGAGAAGAUGCUUGCCAAUGCCGUGGCCCGGAAUACGCCGCGACAACUACAAUCGUGGGUGAUCUUCAGCGAAACCGUCCCCUUGAAGGUACGGCUUGCACGCUCCCUGAAGUAUUGCACACUGGGGAGUAUUGAGCACCACAUCGCCACGUGCUUCGCCUUGAGCAAGGAGAUUGAUCUCCAGCUGAAAAGAAGCUUGAUACAGGCGCUCCCGCUGUCCUAUGCUGCCGAAUUGGAGAAGAAACAAACAACGACGGGCGACGUAAGGCUCGACAAGAUCCUAGAUCAGGUUGUACGUUAUCUAAGCGACGUCAAGAUCCGUCAAAACAGCCAGUGGGCAAGAAAGGAGGCGGAAGCGGAGCCCGAUCCGUUUGCGCGCUUGCUGGCUGCAAUGCCAGAACCCAUGUCAUUCUGGAAAAAGAACCCUGCCCCUGCGGGCACGGAGGGGAACGGCCCGACGCCGGAGAAUACUGGGUGGUGA